GUUUUUUCGUAUAGUUGAAAUUGCGGCUGAAAAUAGAUGGUACAAUUACAAACAUGGAGAAGAAGCCGUGAUUAAUAUUGGCAAAAAUUGUGAACAGGAAAGCUCAGCUAAAAAGCUUAUUAGUGCAUAGUACGUAACAGCAAUCAACUGUCAAAGGUCGAUAAAGCAGUCUAUCGCUUUGUCAGGGCUCCGGACUUUUUGUUGUCAGAUAAAAUGCCGCGGAUUGAUCCUUUAAAACUGCUGGUGUGCCUCAGCGUUCUGCUGGCUCCCAACGGAGGAAUUCGAAGCUCUAAUGAAGUGAAGCGGCUAGCCAAUUUGAUGGCAAAAUUUUCUAAAAAACUAGUGUCCAAAUGCAUCUACAUACAAAUACUAAAAUGCACGGAGACGGAACUGCUUGGACAAUUCAUGGCAGCUGGCGGUUGGUCGCUGGUUCAUAUGUGGCUGGCCGAUGGCAUCACGACAAAAAAUUGGCCCUUAAUUCAGGAAUUGCUGGAAUUGUUGCUGUGCUGUCCAGUUGAUGUGGAACGGCUAAAGAGCAACACUGCUCCGAAGCUGGUUAAGUCACUUUCCAAGGAUAGCAGUCAUGAGGGAGUCCGGUUGCUGGCAUCCAAACUAGUCGAACAAUGGCUAAAGAUAGCUCGCAACGACAUUCGCUCCGGUUCACAAACCGGAGCGAUCACCCAACAGCAGGACGAGAACGCUUCCUCAUCAGCCAUUACAGCGAAGGUAGGCGCGGAGAACGACGCAACAUGUGCUCAGCAGGGCGUGGUUGAAGACGGUCACGAAGAUGGAACUGAAAAUGUCGUGGAAGAAGAAGUAAUCCCGGAAACUCCCUCUGCUGAGUCGCUACAACCCGACGACAGUGUUGCAGAGGGUGAUGCAGAAAAUGACGAUGAAAACGUCGAAGAAACCAAGAAAGCCUUCAACACUGCGGUGGCUGAAAGUAAUGCUAAGAAAACUCCGUUGCUGUUCAAGAUUACAAUGAAAAAUGGCAAACAAGUGCUUGCAAAGGUCGAGUCUCCUACUAAGAAAAGCGUUUCAGAAAAUGCAGAGAGCAAUGAUGAAAGUUUGGACAUGAACGAAGAAGCAGUCGACGAUACUGAUUCGAUGGAAAAAGUGGGCGAAGACGUUUCAUUAGAGGAUAAAACGUCGACACUUGACGAAAAGGAUUCCGUGGCAACUGUAGAGAACGACAAGAUCAAUUCAGAGAAAAAGGGAACUAAUGAAUCCGAUAAGAAGGAUCGGAGGAAAAGUGACGAGAAAGAACGCAGCAAAGAUAAAGAUAAAAGUUCGAAAGACAAAGAUAAACAUAAAGAAAAGGAUAAGGAUAGGAAGUCAAGUAGUAGUGGAAGCAGCAAUAAGUCUUCUUCCAAAUCAUCAUCUUCAUCAUCAUCGUCGACGUCAAAGCACAACAGCAGCAGUAGUAGUAGUAGUGGCAGCAAAAGUAAAUCUAGUUCAAGCUCAGGUAGCAAAAGCUCUGGUUCAAGUUCAAGCUCUCGUGACAAGGACAAAGAUCGUCACAAUAGUAGUAGUAGCAGUAACAGUAGCAGCAAACAUCACCACAAGAGCUCAUCAUCAUCAUCAUCUAAGUCAUCCAGCAGCUCCAAAAGUGGAAGCUCCAGCGAUAAGCAUCGCGAUCAAAAAGAAAAGUCGAGUCAUUCAAGCAAAGAUAAAGACAAGGAUGGCCAGCUGAAAGUGUCAUCACCUGCAACAGCCAAGCUACCCAAAAUUCCCAGAAAGUCAAGGGAAGACGAUGAGGAAAAAACGGACUCCUCAGCAAACCAUAAAAUGUCACCAGUCAGCGCUAAAAAGGCGUCGAUUUCCAUCGAGGUUCGCAACGCUGAAAAUCGGCCGAAAACUGUAAAAACAUACAACUCUCAAUUCCGCUCCCACGGUCUUAUCGAAGAAGCACCCCCACCACCAUCCCGCAAAGGACUGAAGAAGCCAGCAUCUGCAUCCAGCCCAUCGGCGGUAAUCGGAUCGACAGCUACGGGCACCGUGUCCACCAAACGAUCCUCUCCGCCGCCAUCGUCUAAGGAUGCUCCCCCCGAGAAGAAAGCUCGAGAAGACCCGACUGAACGACCUGGAGCGAUAAAGCUCAUCCCGCCUAAAAGACAACCGUCACUGGUAGAAUCGGACAUGUUCAUGGAUGCCCUCUCCGCUACGCUGAAAAAAGACGUUAAAAAACGUAAACGAAGGCACAGUGGUUCCGAGGGAACAGCCAAACCUACCACCACCGACAAACCAGCGGCUGUUACUGCUGCUACAACAGAAAAGGCGUCCACCAAUAAAGCUGCUUCGCCCGAAAAAACUGUUCCUUCCCCGCCGACGAGUCCAACGACUGAAAAAUUAGCAAGUCCUACCAAGUCGAAACUGCCGAAUGUCGUCACGCCACCGUCCGAUGUCACUGCAGCUAGUGAUCCCGCAUCUCCCGCCAAGGUAGUAGCGGCACCAAUGUCCUUUUAUCGCGACACUUUGGUCGACGCAGACGAGAAUGGCCAAGAAAAGAAGGGACUUGAAGAACAGGAUAAGAAAACUGCCGACACACCUAGCGAAGAUGUCGAAAUUAAGAAGGAAGAAUCUCUUGAAACACCAGCUGAACCGGAGGAGGAUGACGACGAGGUGAUAAAAAAACCGAAACGGUUGAAAUCGGAACUGAACGAUGAUGUAGAAAUUGACGACAAGUGUAAUUUGAUCGACGCGGUCGAUGACGAUUUGGAGAAGAAAAUGGCUCAGGCCGGAGAGGACCAAAAUGCACAGAACAUCGCUGUUAAAAAGCCACCGGGCCCAGGUUGUGGUCCGGAUGGUCCGCCUGGAGUGUUAGUCAUUCAUCGCCGCAAAGGGCCGAAGAAACAGCUCAAGUGGAAGGCUCAGGAUGAUCUCGAGGAAAUUCGUUACUUCGAACUGGACGUUACUGAACGCUGCAACGUAACGAAAACUUUCUCGGAUCUUAAAAACAUGGAACGAUGUGACGAACGCGAAAACUACAUUCUGUCGCGUAAGCUUCACGCGGAUGAUGCCAUGACUGAAAGGAUACCGUGGUUGCCUUUGAUACCAGUUGACAACAUUCCACCUCAUCCAGAAGGCGUCAACAGUCAAGAGAAACGUAUUCAGCGAGAUCGUGAACGCAACGUGCUGCAAGCUUUGUACUUCAAUCGCCAUAUGAUUCCUGAUUCACCAGCUGAACCAGAUGUUGAGGUGUAUUCCCUUUCACAACCAGCGCACAUUCCGAUGGAAGAUGUUACCGGCAAUCCAGACUCGGUAAACGAUUUUACCACCAUGCCUUGGCCGGAACCAAAAUCCACCCCUCCUCACGAAUCGGCUGGUUUCAAUUCGCCCUUUUUCCCCGGUACAGAUCAUGACUUCCCGCAAUUUGGCGGUACCGGUAACUGGGAUUUACCAGGAUCAAAUCCAGGUUCUAUGCCAGGAAUGUUUCCUCCUGGUAGGAUGCCCCAAGGAAUGCACCCUAGCGGUCCAAAUAAUGGCCCUCAUAAUGGACUCGGUGGCCCUAACAUGAUGCGUCAAAUGAGUAUUCCACCCAAUCAUUCGCCAGGGCCCGUUCCUCAUCCUAAUAUGUUCCAAAAUAAUUUCGUAAGAGGACCUAUGCCCAUGCAGCACAUGCAUGACUUAGAUGAUGAUACCUUCCGGAAUGGACCGCCACCACCGCCAGCCUGGUUCAACAAUGGAAAUAAUAACAAUAAUCGUGGUCCUCCACCAUCGCACCAACCAAACUUUCAUAACAAUCGCGGUAGUGGAUUCGGCGGUCGUGGUGGAGGAGGCAACUGGAACAACAAUCGAGACAAUGAUCGAGGAGGUCCUCGAGGUGGUAAUUACCGACCCCCUUGGUUACAGAAUAGAGGAAACCAUAACAGCCAUCGUGGAGGCAGAAAAUGGUAAACUUUGCCACAGUAGUUGCAUCCUUAUUAAUUUGUACAGUGACACGGCUGAGCCUAGUGAUAAUAGUGAAGUAAAUGAAAUAUUCAGCUUGUUGUAGAGCAAAGGAUAUUCGUGCUUAGAUUGUAAGGCAUAUCAACCAUUUUCGUUGUUUUAACAGCUAUAGGGUAACGGAAAGUUUUGGUUCAACAGCAUUUUGUAUGUGUUUACGAUUAAGUUUGAAAAGCCGACCUUGAAGGUACAAAUUAAUUACUAAACUUUGGUUUUGUUUCUAUUCACAAGUUGCUGGUGCCUAUCUAAGUCAAGAAUUGAACGGAUAAGUGAGAGUGCUUAUUGUAUGACUUUUGUAAAUAAUUAGUUUAUAUAAAUAUAUGAAUUUGUUGUAUACCUAUAUAUUUGUA